AUGGCGAGAGAAGCAGCGAGCAAAGCCACCGCAAGCCGCGGCAGCGGGGCGGAGGCGGUGGCGACAGCAGGGGAGUACUGGAGCGAAGCGCUCAAGUCGUUCCUGGACCACAUCCCCGUCUCCUCCGUCCCGGGCGCGCUCCAACCCACUGCCUCCCCAGCGGUGGAGGUCAAGCUCGAGGGCUCCGUCCUGGGCGCCCUCGACGCCAUGUACAGCAGCAACGCCGAGGGCACGGUGAUCGUCGACGUGGUGCAGAGCAGCUUCGGCAAGUACGUCGAUCGCGAUAUUGGCUUCGUUGAGUUCUCGAGCCUAGUCCUGUGGGCGCUUGAGGAACUUGGCAAAGUGGACAGUGAACCAACAGACAGUACUUCUGAUUUCCUCUCUAGUCUGAAACAGCAUCAUCAGAUUGCAGAAACGAAGAUCGCCUGGUUAGCAAAGCUGUUCCUAUGGGAACCCUUCUUCCCUGUUCGAACCCACGACACGCUCUUCCACGCGAUGCUUCUCUUUUCGAAACACCACAGGCUUAACGUGGCACCUGUUGUUGAGUCGAUGAACUCAAGUGUUAUUGGAUUUGUCACUCAGAAUGCAGUGAUGGAGCUGCUUCUCCAGUCAAGUGGCCUUGAGUGGCUUGAUAAAAUUGCAGACAAGCAGCUUUCUGAAUUUAGGUUUGCAUAUGUGAGGAAGCCUGUUUCGGUGUACUCAGAUCAAACUCUUGCUGAUGGGCUGCAUAUUCUCUCAAAGGAAAAAAUGGGGCUUGCAGUUAUCGACAGGAAAACCAGCUGUCUAAUUGGAUCAAUACAAUGCAGUGAUCUCUACCUAUUUCUGGAUGAUAGCUCCCUUUUCAGCAAGAGAACGACUACUACUUUGGAAGAAUUCAUCAACCUGAAUAACAAGGCCGACAGCAAAUGCAGCACUGCUGAAAAUUCAUCUGCACCUGGUCAAAACAUCCUCGCCCUCAGAAACCGGCAGCCAAGUAUGGUGGGCCAACCAGCCACCAACCUGAAAUCCGACACCCUGAAGCAAGCGAUGGAGAAACUGACGACUUCAAGGAGCAGCUGCAGCUUCAUCGUCGACGAGCAUGGGCACGUCGAAGGGGUGGUGACGACAAGGGACAUCAUCUCCGUGUUCUCCCCGCCGUGCAUGGACUCGAGGAUUGACGGGGGCACAUUCUUCUUGGCUGCGCUUGAGCAGGCUGGCUGCCGCGUUGAGAAUGGGCAGAUGAUUCAGAUCUAG